AUGUCGACGACAAUUCCAGGGCCACCUGGGAGCCCGGGCGGUUUGAUUACAUUUGGCCCCAACGCCAAUUGCACGCUUGCUCUCUGUCCUAUCGAAUACAGCGUCUACAAGUAUCGCCCUUCAGUUCCAGCCAACGCAACAUUUGUUGCCCUAUUUGGCAUUUCAAUCUUCGUCCAUGUUAUUCUUGGCAUCCGCUGGCGCCAGUGGAACUUUAUGGCCCUCAUGACACUUGGCGGCUUGGUCGAGAUUGGAGGCUAUGCCGGUCGUCUUAUUCUCUACAACAAUCCUUUCUCCUUCGGCGGCUUCAUGGAUCAGAUUGUCCUCAUCACCACCGCCCCUGUAUUUUAUACUGCUGGAAUAUACAUCACCCUAUCCAAGACCAUCAACUACUUGGCUCCCGAAAUUUCACGUAUCAAGCCCGAGCUCUUUUACUGGAUUUUCCUCCCUCUUGACAUCAUCUGUCUCAUCCUACAGGCUGCUGGUGGGGCUAUAUCCGUUGUUACUUCUGGGAAUAGCUCAACUGGCGUCGAUAUUGCUAUGACGGGCCUGGGGCUUCAAGUUGGAGGCUUGUUCUUUUUCAGUGUCCUCUUUAUCGAUUAUUUGGCUCGUUAUGUCCGAAAGAAGCCUGAGUCUCCCUUGGGUACAAGGAUGCGCAUAUUCUUCGGCUUCUUGGGUGCCGCAAUCCUCUUGAUUUGGGUUCGAUGCGUAUACCGUUGCUAUGAACUAAGCAAAGGAUACGUACAUUCGGAUUUAAUCACAGACCAAGGGCUGUUUAUUGGGCUUGAAGGAGUACUCGUUAUCACGGCCAGCUAUUGCCUCUUCCUUGGACAUCCCGGUUUUAUCUUCAGCCGAAACGAAGUAAAGGAUCACUCUCUUCCUAUGUAUGAGGAGCCUGAUAGCUCAGACUCCAAAGCAUAG